GAGAAAGCAUUAGGGCAAACGAUUAACCUUUGUAUAUCAGAAAUAUUCUAUAGCACCAACACCUCUCAAGCUCUCAAGCAAAACAUCUCAUCUUUGGGGGUCACUAAUCAAUUGGGAAGACGCAAGUACCUAGGGCUACCAUCAAUAAUUGGCAGAAGCAAAAAAUGUGUUAAGCUUCAUGAAGGAUAGAGUAUGGGCAAGAAUAAAUCAUUGGUUAUGGAAGUAUCUCUCAAAAGUGGGUAAGGAAACUUUAGUUAAGUCAUGUGCUCAAGCAAUCUCAUCUUAUUGUAUGAGUGUAUAUUUGUUACUUGUGUCCCUUGAAGAUCAAAUACAAAAGAUAAUGAAUGGCUUUUGGUGGGGAAAUAAAAAAGGCGUAUCUAAGAGGUGUUAAUUGGCUAAGUUGGGAGAAAAUAACAAUGAAAAAGGAGUUUGGUGGAAUGGGAUUUCAAAAUCUCCAUGGUUUCAAAAUCUCUAUAGUAACAAAAGUUCUCAAAGUAAAAUAUUUCCCAAGUGGUGAGUUCUCAUAAGCCAAACUAGGGUACAAUCCAAGUUAUGUAUGGUGUAGCAUUCACGCUUUGUAGGUUCUUGUCAAGGAAGGAAUGCAAUGGAGAUUGGGAAAUGGACACCAAAUAAAUGUUUGGAACCAACCUUGGCUUAAGGCGGCAAGAUUCCAUGCUAGCAUCCAAGUUCACGAUUAGGUUCCACAAUGUAUUCUUUCUCUUAUUUUAAAUGAAAUGAAUUAAGUGAUUUUCGAAGAAAAAAAAAAGUUUUCCACUGAAUGAAGCUAAUUUAUGGGCUCUCUGGAUGGAUCGGCCCAAGAUUAUUCGUAAACCAAAGGGGGAGAGAACAAAAGGUUCGCCAAAAAACAAAAACACAGAGAAGCAAAGAAAGGGAAGCAUCGGUGCCAGAUUCCUGUAGCGAAUCCAAUAAUCAGUCCUCCACCACACUCAGAUCUGCGAGUCUUUCUUGGGUUUCUCUGUGUUGUGUGCAAAUUCAAUGUUCAAUUUCAAAUUUUCUCUGAAUUCAAACGGUUUAGUUUAAGUGUAUGAGAUCAUCAGAAUUUCCCAUCGGAAACUGGAACCCUAACCGAACUUGAUCCGAAUCUCCAAUGUCUUGUCUAGCGCUUUCCCUGCAACCUGCAAAUGGACCCGACAUCCUUCUCCAGACGCGCGAGUGGUUCCCUCCCUCACGCGCCCUCGGCGCCCUCUCCGCCUUCCGCCAGACGCGCCGCGCCUUCGCCGCCAACAAGCAUUCCGCGCCCGACGACGCUUACGCUGCGGAGUCCAUCGGCGACGAUCCCCUGGCGGCGUCCAGCGGCCAGGUCAUCGUCGGUGUCGAGAGCCGCUACCGCGUCGUGUACCGCCUCGUGAACGGCAUUUACGUGCUCGGCAUCACCGUCGCCGACCACGACAACUCGGUGAACGUGUUCGAGUGCAUCCACAUCGUCAACCAGGCCGUGAGCGUCGUGGUGACGGCGUGCCGCGGCGUCGACGUCACGCCGGAGAAGCUCAGCCGCAAGUACGCCGAGAUCUACAUGGCCCUCGACAUCGUCCUCCGCGGCGUCAGCAACAUCCGGCUCGCCGCCAUGCUCGCCACCAUGCACGGCGAGAACAUCGCCAAGAUGGUCCACUCCGCCAUCGACACCGAGAACAAGAUCCGCGGCGCCGAAACCUGGGCCUCCGCGGAGGUGCACUCCCUCGAGCACCAGGCCGGAAUCGACGCCUUCACCACCGCGACCUUCGAAUUGCCGCCGGAGACGCUCGAAGCCGGCGACGAGGUUGCGGCCAGCCUGGCCCCCGCGGCGCCAGAGCCGCAGGAGGAGCUGCAGCAGAAGCAGGAAGAGCCUCAGGUGGAAAAGGAUCCUUUUGCAGCGAGUGAUGCAAUUAAUAAGCCACAAGAGCUUGUCGAAGGGUUCAAGAAAACAAAGGAUCCUUCUGGUACUGAUUUAACCUCAGCGUUGGAGGGGCUUGAUGUUACAACAUUGCCCCCUCCCGAGGCUACUCAAUCCACGCAAAUAAAUGUGGAGGGUUUUGAAGGGAACUACGGUGGUGUUGAGUUUGGGCAUGAGCAGGCUUCUAUUGGAGAAGCUUUUGAAGGUUUCAAUGAUGCUUGGGGUGGUGGACUUGAUCCUUCUGAGUUUGUGGGUCCAACCAAGCCUAAUAAACCGCUAGGGCUUGGUGGUGUUGAAUUGUUGCAGACUGGACCUGAUGCUGCUCCUAAAGCGGCGGGUGAAAGCGGUGCAGGAACUCCACUUGAGAACUUGUUGGUGAAGAAAACUGACAUGAGGGGUCCUGAGAUGUAUAUCUCGGAGGAGAUUAGUGCCGAGUUCAGGGAAUCGUUGCUUGCUAGGGUAGGUUUGAUGGGUGUUGUUUACCUCAGAACUUUGCCACCCAAAACCACUGGUGAUAAGGAAACUGAAUUUUCAUUCCAAAUUGAGGGAACGGAAGCUGUUAAAAGAUUUGUUAUACAGAGUUCGCGUGUUAGUAGCCUUGGCAAUGGGCUGUUUCAUGUGAGGACUGCGGCCUCUGAGGAGCCGAUACCGAUUAUGAAGUAUAGUUUGGUUCCUAGGUUGACACCUUUGCCUUUGAGGGUUCGGCUUACAAAACGGCAUACUGGGAGUUUGCUUUCUGUUAUGAUACAAUAUGCCUCAAAUCCUGAUUUGCUAGUUCCCUUGCAUGAUGUUACAUUCACUCUGAAACUGCCUGUUGACCCGACACUGUUGAAGGUUUCUCCAAAAGCUGUGUUAAAUAGGACUGAAAGAGAAAUUAAAUGGCUUGUGCCAGAGAUUCCAUUGAAGGGCUCUCCUGGCAGGUUGAGAGUACGGAUGCCAGUAGAUUCUAACGAAGAUGAUGAAGAAAUUGAGGUGGUUGGUUAUGUGAAAUUUUCUGAGCAAGUAACUCAGUCAUUAUCUGGAGUUUCUAUACGGCCUGCUUCGGAUUCUAAGACAGACUUCUACGAGGUUAGUCACACACUUGAGAGUGGGGUAUACAUGUGCAAUUGAUUUUGUAAUCAUAGUUCAUUAAUAGGUGUUGUACUUUUUCAUUUUGUGGUCAUGAGAUUUAUGGUUUGGUUGUGUUUAUAGCAUUCUUGGAUAUGGAUCAUGUACCUUGAACUCUAGAAUUAUCUGAAAAUCUUUGUUUCUCUGUUGUUAUGGCUGUGAAUUUACAUCAAUGGAUUGUAUUUGGUCUUCACAAA